AUGGAAUCAGGCACUUCAACAGAUUACACUUAUUCUGCAACAACUGAUGCAAAAACAGAAAGCAAUGUAAAGGAGCCGAAGGCACCUGAAGGUACCUUGUUACGACAAGUUCAAGAUGCUAAGGAAAGUAUCUCUGUUCUUAAGAACCAGGUCUCCUUUGCAGAUCAGUGCCUGAGCCUGCUUCAUAAUCAGAUGAAACAUGCCUCAGACACUCUAGCCAUUCUUCAGGAUCAAGUUGAGUUAGCUCAGAAAACAGUAAACUCAUUGAGUCUAGGAACUGCAGCUGGGCUAACAAUUCAAAAUCCACAAGCAACCGUGGCCCCAGCAUUGUCAACAGCCAGCAGAUCUCAUCCUUCUUGGAUUAAUCCCCAAUCUGGUGAAUCGGACGAGCAACGGGUGUUUGUUCACGACUGUGAAGGACCAAAAGUCUAUACAUUGAGCAAAUCAAGCAUCUCGUUAGGAAAUCCAGCUGUGUCAGAAUGCUCUGCAUCGCAUGAUCAUGGACAGGUACCAUGUGUUGUUCAUCAAGUGCCAGUACAUUGUCACUGUCCAGCUUGCCUUUCUCAUGCAAACGUUCACCGUGUGCCUCAGCCUUGCCAUCCUUCUCCUCACAGUACCACCCCAGGUACAGCAGUAGUACAAGUUAGCCCUGAAAUGCCACCAGCACCUCAAACUGUCAGUGCAGUUUCCAGUCAAGAAGUGACAACGGAUGCAACCAAUAACCAAGCAAAGAUGCUUCAUCUAAGUCCUUCAAAAAGUGCAUCAAGUCAUGAACAUGACAAGAACAGUCCAGGAGAUGAUAAAAGCUGUACCAAAAAAGAAUCAGUAACGACAUCACCCAUGGCACACCAGCUUCUACAAGUGAUUGAUGUUUUGCAAACUGAAGAUGAUGAUGAUGGCGGCAGUGCUAUUAGGUCUACAAAGACAUCUCUCGCAUCAUUGUUACAUGGUGUCAGUAUUCCUCAGACUUCCCCAUAUGGACAUGGUACAUUCUCCUGGCAGAGGGUGUCACGUCGCAAUCGCAAACAGAAUGUGAGUCCUUUAAAAAUAGCUUUGUCGCAUUCACUGGUAUCUCCUGACAAGCAGUCCUCAGGUAAAUGCUGUUUUAUAUUGAAAUUGAAAUAUUAUGAAAUGCGGCUACACGCUGUCCAGUUUGGAAAUAAUUGGAUGAAAAUCAUGCUGAGGAUUUUGAAUCCAAUUACUUCCAACUUGGAGAGCAUUCAGUCGUCUUACCUAGUGUCCCGUUGUUAAUGUAGUGGUUCUCCUACUGCUACAUUAGUCAGUUGACACUUAAAUAAAGGUAUUCAUUCAAGUACAGUUAAUCAUGAUUUGUCAACAUAACUUUGACGUGAAGUAAACAAUAGUGUACACCCUCAGUGUUUGUUGUUGGAACAAAAGCGUACACAAGGAAAAUUCAUCAAGGCAUAUUUUAACAUAUACUGCCAACUCACUAUUCUCAAAGACAAACUUAGUCUUACUUUUUCAGAUCUUGAAAUUUGUUUCAAUAUAACAGUUUACUUCAGUUAAAAAAGCGCUUGUGCAACAAAAGGUGAACAGGUAAAAAAAUUCCUUUUUGUUUGUAAAGAAGAAGAACAACAGCAGCAGAAAUACCUAUGUAAAUUAAACCUAGAACAAGAAGUAAAACUAUUGGGAACACUUCACUUUUCACAUGUCACUUUGCACAAAUUCUGUCAUUGGUGAUAUCGGUCUGAAAAGGUGCGUUCAAAUGCAAAUAAGUUGCAAACUCCAAAGUUCUGUCUAUUGAUAAAAAAGAGAGGCAUAAAUUAUUGAAGCAUAAAUUGGCCGUUGCCGUAGCCAUGCAUGCAACACUUUUUUACCUUAAAAAAUGUAUUGAACAUCAAAUGAAUGUUUCCUUUUCUAGUGAGAACGGUGUGUAGAGAUCAUCCAGAAUUAAUGCGAGUUCCAGCUCCAGUUUUGGCAUCCAGUCUUGAGCCUGAGUUCCUGGUCGUACCGACCAGCAGUUUCUCGUAUGACAGUCCUCCGACCUCGGCAAGUGACGACGGUGGCAAGGAGGAGACGAAAAGUUGUGAAAUUUUAUUGGUUAAGAAAAGUGUGACGUCAUCCUCUUCUGUCACUACCUCGUGUCCUAGUGUCACACAUACUUCAAACGAUUCCGAUGCUGGUGAUGGAAAGGAAUGUAGAAAUGAUGGGUGUUGUACUAAAGACAAAUCACAGCCUGCCAGUUCACCUUCGUUUGUUAAGAAGCAUCAUUCUGAUGUUAAUGGUGUUUCUGUGUCUUUAAGUCCUCCGAGAAAAAUAUUUACCGGGACAAGCCCGCUUAACUCGGACAUCGGCACUCCGUACAAUUCGAAGAUGCCAAAUUCCAGCUCUCAUUGUUCUACUCAUAGUAGACGUGAACUUAUCGCGACUAAAGUGAGUGAUUCAGCUGAGACUGUUUCAUUAUCAGCGGCAGUAUCUCAUCUCGAGCAUGCCCAGGGAAAAACUCCUGUUUUAUCAACGGCUUGUCACGUGACUGAUUCGCAGGCGCCAGCCAUGGCUGUCAUUUCGUUGCCGAAUGAUAACUCAGCGAAUUCAGCUCAAAAACAGACGACGCCCACAACUAAGAAACCGAUCAUUUUGUCUCGACGUUCCUCUCGAAGCAGCGAACAGAACAUACCGCAAGGACUUGUAGUGCUUGUACCCACAAUUGAGGACGCUAAGCGACUGAUCGCUUCUUCAGGGGGGCCGUCGGAUGGCCACACCCCUGUACUGGUACCACAACACAUGUUGAACGAAAUUCACUCUAAAAACACAGGAGAGCAGGUAGAAACACAUCAGCCAUUGAGUGGCAAACGAAAGCAUGAGACGCUCUCCUCGCCUUGUUCCGUACCGUCAAAGCGACCAACUAUUGAUUCGGUCGUAAUCGACUGAUACUCUUCGGUUUAGUUUAUUUUGCACUAAAGUAAACUAAUUCAGCAUGGCAAAAGAUAAUAGCAACAUUCGGUUAAUGUUAUUGAAUUGUGGCUGAUGAUGGUGGUGAUAUAAUUGGCUCCGGACAUUUGCUUCGACAAGUUACUACCGUAUUUAUUCGAAUUAGCGCCCACCUCGAAUAAGCGCCCAUCCUAAAGGCAGAAAAAGUUAAUAAGCGCCCAGCCUCGAAUAAGCGCCCACCCCACCCCACUCCCUCCCACAAAAACUCCAAUACGAUAUAAUAAGAGACCCUCCCGACGACGGAGUUUUCUUCAGGGUAGUAUUGUACAGAAACUUUGCUUUGUUAUAGCUUCGCUUUUUGCUAUUAGCAUUUACUGUUUUGUUGCAAAAUAUACUACUGCACUUGCUGAGAAUGGUGAAAAUUUAAUAUGCGCCCAGCCUCGAAUAAGCGCCCACUCUCAAGGUCCAAAAAUUUAAUAAGCGCCCAGUGCGGUUAAUCGAAUAAAUACGGUAUGUAUUGUCGUUUUUGAUUGACUGACGAACGCCGAAGUCCAGCCCCCAUGUGAGCCGUAAUUGAUCCAUUUAAUGUUGAAUAGAAUAGACCUUUUAAGCUUGUAUGUUUGUUUUCUCAAUGAAGUCUCAUGGGGAUUUACCCCCUUCUUCUUUUCAUAAUUAUGGGUACACAAUAAGAGUAAUAUAACAUGACCUACAUUGGAAAAACCAAACGUUCAAGCUAAAGAGGUCUAUUUCCACGAUUGAGUUUGUUGAUGUAUGGUCAUAGACUUUUUAAGAGUGCGAUUCGCACAUACUUUCCAAUGUAGAUCCUGCUUUACCCAUAAGGAGAAAAAUUCUCUCGCCGGUUUUUUUUCUUCUUUUCCUUGGAUCGCUGGCCACUUACGUUACAAUGGAUUUAGAACUUACAGCCUUUGUCGCAGGAUCUUUAUUUGAUGGUACAACGAUACAGCUGCCUCUCGCCGAUGGGUCUUGUGAAACGUCCUCAUGAGAGGCGAUUGUAUUCGCAGGCUAGCGUGAUGCAGACUAGCGUGACGCCGGCUAGCGUGACGCAGACUAGCAACUCAACAGUUGUUUUAUUUACUUUGUUUACGUUCAC